AGAGAUGCUCUUGACUCCACUCAGAUCCAUCCUGGGGACCAGAGCAGAAGCGGUCCUCACAGCACCCAUUCUCUGCUUGAGCUCCCGCUUCUUCUUUGCCGCUGGGCCUCGGCCCAGAAGCCACGACGGGCGACACGGAGCCGCCAGUGCUGGAGGGGGAGCCGUGGGUGCGGGGCAGCGUGGGGGCCGAGGCCCCGGGACGCCCGCCCGGCCCCAGGCCCCGCUCAGCCCGGGCGCCCCCACGGGUGCCCCCCCCUUCUUGGUCCGAGCAGUGUGAGUGUGCCCGGGAGCCCGGCGGCGGCGGCGGCGGCGGUGGCGGCGGUGGCGGCGGCGUGGAAUCCGGCGUGGGCUGGGGGGUCCGAGCCGCGGGGGGCAGUGCCAUGCACAAGCACCAGCACUGCUGUAAGUGCCCUGAGUGCUAUGAGGUGACCCGCCUGGCCGCCCUGCGGCGCCUCGAGCCUCCGGGCUACGGGGACUGGCAAGUCCCCGACCCUUACGGGCCAGGUGGGGGCAACGGCGCCAGCGCGGGUUAUGGGGGCUACAGCUCGCAGACCUUGCCCUCGCAGGCGGGGGCCACCCCCACCCCUCGCACCAAGGCCAAGCUCAUCCCCACCGGCCGGGAUGUGGGGCCGGUGCCUCCUAAGCCAGUCCCGGGCAAGAGCACCCCCAAACUCAACGGCAGCGGACCCAGCUGGUGGCCAGAGUGCACCUGUACCAACCGGGACUGGUAUGAGCAGGUGAAUGGCAGUGAUGGCAUGUUCAAAUAUGAGGAAAUCGUACUUGAGAGGGGCAACUCUGGCCUGGGCUUCAGUAUCGCAGGUGGCAUCGACAAUCCCCAUGUCCCUGAUGACCCUGGCAUCUUUAUUACCAAGAUUAUCCCUGGUGGAGCAGCUGCCAUGGAUGGGAGGCUGGGGGUGAAUGACUGUGUGCUGCGGGUGAAUGAGGUGGACGUGUCGGAGGUGGUACACAGCCGGGCGGUGGAGGCGCUGAAGGAGGCAGGCCCUGUGGUGCGAUUGGUGGUGCGGAGGCGACAGCCUCCACCCGAGACCAUCAUGGAGGUCAACCUGCUCAAAGGGCCCAAAGGCCUGGGUUUCAGCAUUGCUGGGGGUAUUGGCAACCAGCACAUCCCAGGAGACAACAGCAUCUACAUCACCAAGAUCAUUGAGGGGGGUGCUGCUCAGAAGGAUGGACGCCUACAGAUUGGGGACCGGCUGCUGGCGGUGAACAACACCAAUCUGCAGGAUGUGAGGCACGAGGAAGCUGUGGCCUCACUGAAGAACACAUCUGAUAUGGUGUAUUUGAAGGUGGCCAAGCCAGGCAGCCUCCACCUCAACGACAUGUACGCUCCCCCUGACUACGCCAGCACUUUUACUGCCUUGGCUGACAACCACAUAAGCCAUAAUUCCAGCCUGGGUUAUCUCGGGGCUGUGGAGAGCAAGGUCAGCUACCCUGCUCCUCCUCAGGUUCCCCCCACCCGCUACUCUCCUAUUCCCAGGCACAUGCUGGCUGAGGAGGACUUCACCAGAGAGCCUCGCAAGAUCAUCCUGCACAAAGGCUCCACAGGCCUGGGCUUCAACAUCGUAGGAGGAGAGGAUGGAGAAGGCAUUUUUGUCUCCUUCAUCCUGGCAGGAGGCCCAGCUGACCUGAGUGGGGAGCUGCGCAGGGGAGACCGGAUCUUAUCGGUGAAUGGAGUGAAUCUGAGGAAUGCAACUCAUGAGCAGGCUGCAGCUGCUCUGAAACGGGCCGGCCAGUCAGUCACCAUUGUAGCCCAGUACAGACCUGAAGAAUACAGUCGCUUUGAAUCGAAGAUACAUGACUUACGAGAACAAAUGAUGAACAGCAGCAUGAGCUCUGGGUCUGGGUCCCUCCGAACAAGUGAAAAGAGGUCCUUGUAUGUCAGGGCCCUGUUUGAUUAUGAUCGGACUCGGGACAGCUGCCUGCCAAGCCAGGGGCUCAGCUUCUCUUAUGGUGACAUUCUGCAUGUCAUUAAUGCCUCUGAUGAUGAGUGGUGGCAGGCAAGGCUGGUGACCCCACACGGAGAAAGUGAGCAGAUCGGUGUGAUCCCCAGUAAGAAGAGGGUGGAAAAGAAAGAAAGAGCUCGAUUGAAAACUGUGAAGUUCCAUGCCAGGACGGGGAUGAUUGAGUCUAACAGGGACUUCCCGGGGUUAAGUGACGAUUAUUAUGGAGCAAAGAACCUGAAAGGACAAGAGGAUGCUAUUUUGUCAUAUGAGCCAGUGACACGGCAAGAAAUUCACUAUGCAAGGCCUGUCAUCAUCCUGGGCCCAAUGAAGGACCGAGUCAAUGAUGACCUGAUCUCCGAAUUUCCACAUAAAUUUGGAUCCUGUGUGCCACAUACUACCCGGCCUCGACGUGAUAAUGAGGUGGAUGGACAAGACUACCACUUUGUGGUGUCCCGAGAACAAAUGGAGAAAGAUAUUCAGGACAACAAGUUCAUUGAGGCGGGCCAAUUUAAUGAUAACCUCUAUGGGACCAGCAUCCAGUCAGUGCGGGCAGUUGCAGAGAGGGGCAAGCACUGCAUCUUAGAUGUUUCCGGCAAUGCUAUCAAGAGACUGCAGCAAGCACAACUUUACCCCAUUGCCAUUUUCAUCAAGCCCAAGUCCAUUGAAGCCCUUAUGGAAAUGAACCGAAGGCAGACAUAUGAACAAGCAAAUAAGAUCUAUGACAAAGCCAUGAAACUGGAGCAGGAAUUUGGAGAGUACUUUACGGCCAUUGUACAGGGUGACUCACUGGAAGAGAUUUAUAACAAAAUCAAACAAAUCAUUGAGGACCAGUCUGGGCACUACAUUUGGGUCCCAUCCCCUGAAAAACUCUGAAGAAUCCCCUCCAACCAUUCUCUUGUGAACAGAAGAAAUCAAGUCCCUCUUCCCUCCUCCCUCUUCAUUCCUGUCCCCAUGGGGAGAACAAAUGCUACUGUUCUUGUCCCCUUUUUUAGAUAUGUCAAAAAAAAUUAAGUUUUCUAGUCCUGUUCUUUUUUUUUUAAGUUUUUGUUUGUUUCAGUUUAUUUUUUGGGAUGAUGCCAUCUCAUUCAUCAUGUGACUGUGCCCAUUCCUGCAUGGACCUUUCCCAAGCGCUAGCACAGGUGCAAAAUCCAUCAGAGCCAUUGUUUUCAUAAAAACCAAGCAGAAGUGAAGAGAAAAGAGGAGGACUGAUGGAAAGACAGACUCUGGACAGCUGCACGGCUUGUGAAGUGAGCUAAAUGCACCACAUGAUGAGAUGCUCCUGGGCAUUUCUCCCUAUCUGUACUGCUGUCUUGCAGCUCUGAACGGUGCAACGUAAUGGCGACAGAAAGUAUCUUAUUUAUAUAUAGAUAUAUAUAUGUAAUUUAUAUAAAAUAUAUAGAAAUUAUUAUAUAUAUAUAUUAUACACUCUCAUAUAAUAUAUAUAUAUUCACACACAUUUGGGUUAGAAAAUCUAUGGAGACUUCAUCAAUGGUACUAUGUUAUUAGAGAAAUGCUUUAAUUUUCAUAUUCCAAUCAGAUGGCAUCUUCUAUCCCAGCUGGUUGGGAAGGGAUUGAAGAUGGUAGCAAGUGCUGCACUAAGGGCACUCGCAUUUGGUCAUUCUCUUGAGAGCUAGGAGGGGUCAGCCUGAGGCCGGAGAGGAAGGGCUUUUGCCUGGGGUGAGAGGGUGAGAGACUUGACCUGAAAGCAGCUGCUGCCCCUGAGGUGCAGCCAGAGUCCUGUGUGCGGACAGAGAGAAUGGCUAAUGAUGCUCCGCGUGGAAUUGCCUAUUGUUUUAUGCCACCUGAUGUGUCUGCAUGAGAGGUUUCCUUUUUGUUCCUUUUUAAGCUGCUGUUAAACCAAAACCAUGUUGUGCUACUGUGUCAGCCUUUUCAUUAUUGCAAAUUUUACUUUUACUAUUUAAGUGAAUGCAUAGAAUCCAAUUUGCCAAGGUUCUAAAGGCUUAUGAGGUCCUGAAGGAGCCAGGCCUUGUGAUGGAGUAGGUGACACAGGCCUGGUUGUCCUGUCAGCAGAAGGGAAAGCAGGGGCUGGGCUGAGAGGAGGACACGGAGGGCUCUGCUGAGGUUCCUUCCUGGGUUCCACCAACAGGGACAGGGAGUCACUUGCCUUCCAGUUCUGUGCUGGGAUGGCGGGACAGCACUUGGCUUGCUUGGCCAGCUGCGUCAUGAGUUUGAUUUGGUUUUUUUUUUUUGCAGCUGCUUCAUAUGCUCUGCUCCAGCCCCUCCCCAACAGCUGGUAGCUUAUGGUUUCUUCAAGAGGAAAGUAGACUUUAUGCUGUACAUUUGAGCUGUAGAGCUAAGAUUCGCUUACUGGUGAGCUGUGAAAUCUUGUUGCUUUUUCCCAGAGUCUGAUGGCAGUGACUGUGGUCAAGGGAAUCUUCACCGCCACAAGUGCAGGCAGCAGGUGUGGUUCAGGUCCCCCCCCACCCCACUGUGCUCCUUUGAAGCCAACGUGCCUCCCUCGCCUCCAUACUGGAGGGACGACGCAGGGGAGAACAGAGAAGUGCUUGGCCCUAGGAUUGAGGCACUUGUUUCCUAGCCUGCUGGGUUAGGGCUGGUGCAAGCGAGGCAAUGUUGAGGAUGCUUUAAGCACUACCAGCCGAAUCCGGGAACUCUGUUAACAGUUGUCCAACCAGCAGAAUGAGGCUAACUGUAUAAAGCAUGGGACCCAGGAUGAGGAUAAGGAAAGGACAGCGGCUUUCCCUGGGCAGUACAAUGGCUUGAAGGCAAAAAGGGAUAAAGUGACAGCCGACUGUGACUCUGGUGAGGAGGGGUGAGCAGGGAGGUUGAUUCUCUGAUGUUAACUAAGUGGCAAAGUCUCAACCAUGCUCAGCCCUCCCCCUCCCAGGGAAGAGAAACAAAGAUUCAAAGUAAGCAUGAUACUAGUUGUUUUACCAGUGUUUCUUCCAAGGAGACAUAUAUUUUUUAAUAAACGAUAGUUGCAAUGAACUGUGGCUCAGAGACCUUCUUGAAGUAGUUGAGAAGGGAGGGCGUGGGCAAAGCAGUGGGAAGAACAUCCCAAACUUUUGGGGGCCAGAGGGCUCUCUCCUUAGUGAUGAUCAGCUAGCCGAGCUGGGCCGUCCUGGGGAUCGGUACAGCUCCCUGGGGUGGUGACAGGCCCUUUGUGAAAGUUGUGUGCUUGGUCUUCCACCCCAGCCCCAGACACUGCUUCAAAUAGCACCAACCAGAUGGGAGUCCACAUCUGUGGUGGCAAAAUGCUGACAUUUUCCCAAGAGGUACACAAGGUGGGAGAGGCCUGCUGUAGCAGAGGUGUGUGUUAGAGAAAGCAGGGGCCUGAUUUAGUAGCAGAGAACUGGGUGAGAAAAAUGGCCAGAGAAAGUGACCUGCCAGCUACCAGUGUUUCCGAAAAUGAGGGUGGGAUGGGCCCAUUUGCAGAGCAGGACAGCAGUCAUCCCCAUAGCCCUCUGAGGAGGGGAGGGAUGCUUAGAGCAGGCAGUUCUGGCAGUUCUGACGUGGCAGGUGCCAUUGCAACUUGUGCGGAGGAGUCUUAGGAAGUGCUGUCAUAAUUCAUAAGGUCAAGAGCAACAUCUGGAUGAAUGAGCCACCUGAAAUGUGUGUGGGCUGAGCCACAGGAAGGGUGAGUCCUCUUGCUUGUGGUGCUUUAUGGUGUGCAGGUUGCUUGCUUUCCCACAUUCUCUCAUUUGCUUGAAGGCAGCCUAACAAAAGGGAGUCCCCAAAGAGCUCCAUGAGAGCUUAAGAAAAUUCAUCUCCUGAGGACAAAGAGAACAAAGAUCUGUCCUGUGGUCACACUGUUGAGGCUCUGUCUUCACAGCUGAUGUUCUCCUAGUGGAGGUACAGCUGAAGAACAUUCAGCCCCAGCACGAGAAGAUACAGAGCAACUUGGAAACCCCAAAGGGAGACACACCCUUAACACUGUGCCGUGCUGUGCUGUGCCGUGUCCUGAAGGAGGAGAGAGCCCUAUCUCCUCCUGGUUUUGUUGCUGACAUUGCAGCUGAUCAUGCCUUGACUCCUUCAUCUCUAACAGAGGAAGAACUGUAUUAUCAAACCUUAUGGUCUACCCAUGAAUAAAUAAAAUAUUUGUUCAAUCACAAA